CUAGAUGUCGAGCCUGCAAAAAAUGCGCUGGAAGGGCUCCGCAUGGAACUGAUUGAUGGUGCAUAUCCGCUCCUGGAAGGCGUCUUUGCCUUCACGGAUGUGGCGGCGGCGUGCAAGGACGUGGACGUGGCGGUAAUGGUAGGAGGCUACCCGCGCAAAGCUGGCGAGGAGCGUAAGGAUGUCAUGGCCAAAAACGUUUCAAUUUACAAGAGCCAAGCUUCGGCCCUGGCGGAAAACGCCUCCAAGGACGUCAAGGUGGUCGUCGUCGCGAACCCAGCCAACACCAACGCACUGAUUCUGGCGGAGAACGCUCCAUCGAUUCCUCGCGAGAACAUUACCUGCCUCACCCGCCUGGACCACAAUCGCGCACUGGGUCAGGUUUCUGAGCGCACCAAGACGCACGUGACGGCCGUUAAGAACGUCAUCAUCUGGGGAAACCACUCCUCCACACAGUACCCCGAUGUCAACCAUGGCAUUGUUGCUGGCAAGCCCAUCCGCGCAGUCGUGGGCGACGAUGCUUGGCUCAACGGCGAGUUCAUCUCUACGGUUCAGCAGCGCGGCGCCGCCAUCAUCAAGGCCCGCGGUCUGUCGUCUGCACUGUCCGCCGCCAAUGCCGUGUGCAACCACGUGCGAGACUGGGUCUGUGGCACCCCGUACGGCAGUUGGGUGUCUAUGGGCGUUGUGUCAGAUGGCUCGUACGGCGUGCAACCUGGCCUUGUGUAUUCGUACCCGGUCACUUGCUCUGGCGGCAAGUGGCACGUCGUGCAAGGUCUACCAAUUGACGACGCGUCCAAGGAGCGUAUGCGCACCACCGAGGCAGAGCUCGUGGAGGAACGCGACCUGGCGCUGCAAUGCCUUGCGGAGAAGAGUGCCGCGGCGCAAUAAGCAAUAGGCAUGUUGACAAACUGGGCCGGUUGGAUGGAUGACGGCUGAUUUGCAGUACACGGCGGAGAGGACGCUUGGACGUCGUAGGGGGGGGCUAUAGCUGCGGUGGUGGCUGCAACCGCCGCCCCGCGUUGCUUGGUGGAUGGUGAUUGCUUGUUAAAGGGGUACAGCGCCACCGUUUGGGCAUAGUGGGCUACCGCGGCGCUCUUGCAGAACGGCGUGAACGCGUGAGGUCCGGGCGGUGCUCAGUAGGGAGAUGAGGGGGAAGAGACGGGCUUGGUCGUAAGUGAAGCAGGAAGCACUGUCGCUGCAUAUGGCUGGCACUCUGCCUGGUGGUCAUUCUGGGGGUCUGGUGGGAAGAGCGGCAGAGCCUGGCUAAGCAGCGCGGCACAAAGCAGAGCAUAGCGUGGCGUGAACAUCGGGACUGCCGCAGUGUACGUCUUUGGAAGGCGCAGCCUGAAGCUGAGGGCUGAUUGCCUCGGGAAGGGCAGUGCGGGCGGAGUUCCGCAAACGCAGAGAGUGGUAUUCUUUGAGGUGAGUGGGCGGGCAAGGUUUGCAGGUGUAACCCUACUGGAGCCAGGCUGCCGGUUUUACGCCCCAGAGACGAUGGGCGUCGCCAUGGACGUUUGGAGGGGCACAAUAAGAUCUUGGAGUCGCCUGCUAGUCGCACAGAUUUGGAGUUUGUAGAGGGUUUUAGCAGUCGGGUUAUAAGGAACAAAAAGGAAUGCACGAGGGCAUUUAAGGUUAGAGCUGAGCCUGCGACGCCAGGAGAGGGGCUAUGCAUUUAUAUGAGCCUUUCAGAUGGAUGUACGGUAUGGGGCCAUCGAGAAACGCAGCAUCUUUGGCUUUAGUACGCUGCCAAGAUAAGUAUUGCGCACGAGAGCAUCGGUUGACGGUGGGCGGCAAUACUCAGAUAGCGGGCGGCUGCAGCUCUUGGGAGCUAGGUCAGGAGCUGAUAUGUUACAACGUCAUUAGGAAAUCGUCAAGCAGUGUUCUUGAUACGGUUGGGAGCAUCAAAAGUUAUGACGACACUCCUACGGGGUACUUUGCACGUUGGCCGCGAAGAAGCGCCUUUGGAUGGCGAGGGCCAAGACUAAUCUACUCGUGCAAAGCUGGCUCCCCGUGGGGUGACAGGUGGGUAUGAGGUUCUCCAAGCUGGGAAGGAAACGGCACAAGUCCAGCUGCAGACAUCACAUGCCUGUAUGUGGGCUCUCGAAGCAGGCGCGAGCCUGUACUGCUAGUACAAGGCUGUGGCUUGUCGCUUCGCGUUCCUGGAGUUGCGCGGCGCUGGAGUUGUAGCCACUAUGGGAAUGUAGUGAAAACAGGAAUUUUGUAUGCGUGGCUAAUCAUCAGGCAGUUGCGAACCUGCAACUGGGCUGCAUCGC